CUACGGGCAAUGAUUGCACUCAUGGGAACGCUCGUUGAACUCAGCAAGGAAGACCUCCUGGACUCCAUCAUGUACCUCUCCGGGGUCUCCGGCUCCACAUGGUGCAUGUCCUCAGUGUACGAAGAUGUGAACUGGUCUAAGAAUGUAACGGAGUGUGAACAACGGUUGAACGAGCGGCUUAAUUUUCCAGCCUAUCCGCAGCCGGGCACAUGGGAGAAAAUCAAGCAUGCUCUUGAGGGCGGAGUGUACUCCCUGACCGUGCUAUGGAGUUAUUUGGUUGGCAAUCACAUGAUAAAAGCGAUCAAUGAAAACAGCUUGGCGAAUCAUAAAGAGGCUUGUGAGCAUGGGGUCAACCCGUACCCGAUCUACGCUGCAGUGGAAAAAGGGAACAUUGUGAAGGACAACAAGACAGCUCCCGGAACCUGGUUCGAGUUUACGCCCCACGAUGCUGGAUUCCCUGAUUUUGGAGCAUUUGUCAAGACUGAAGACAUUGGAAGCAAGUUUGAAAAGGGGAAUCUAGAAACCACAAAAGCACAGCAAACAAUCUGCUACCUGCAAGGUUUAUGGGGCAGCGCGCUGGCCAAUGAGAAUGAUAUCAAACUCUACAUCCAAGAUUAUAUAUUCAGCUGGUUCAAGGGACACGAUGAUACACCAGUGAUGGCCGCCGCACCCUGCAGCCCAUCCAUAACAAUGCAGGAUGAUGUGCCAGAAAUGUGCGUCGCAGCUCCAGCUGAGUGUUCCUGUGAGUGCUGUGUGGCUGCACACGAUCUGAUGGCUCUUUCUGUUGAAGAGUUGAGCAGUGAGGCCGGCCAGGCAGCCCUGAUGAAGUUGGAGAUGCUGCUGCAAGAAA